GGCCACAUUCUGUAUGUACCUCUCUCCCACAUUAACACCGCUAACAAUGACCCUAUAACUCAGCCCAAUCGACUAACUUCCUGGUCCGAAGUGCGCCUCUGAACAACGUCACAUGUAGGGUAACCUUCGUCGCCAGUAAUUUACUUCCUGGUGACAGUUUUCGUUCGGUAGACGUUUUCGGAGAAGAUCGGAAUUAACGAGUCAUUAUGGUUAUUGUUUUAGACGUCCCGGAUCCCUAACUUGACUGUGACUUUUUGUUUUCUUCUGUCUGUCUAUCUGUCGCGUGUUAUUUGUUUUAUUUGUGUGUUUUUAAGACUUGUGGGGACGGAAUGGAUACCCGUACGCUGUGCUUUACCGCUAUAGGAGUACUUGUCGCCAUCCUGGGUGGCGUUAGCUGUGAACAGGUACAAUACUGUGGUAACUUCACGAACACGGCAUGUUGCCUUAGAAACGACUCCAAUGUCUGUCCAGAAGGAUAUGUUCGGCAGGCAGACGACAACGCCACAUGUUUUGAUCUGACAACAGUGGCGGCGACGACGCUGACGCAACCGACAACCACGCCACCGUCGACCCCUUCGUCAAAUUCGACGAACACCACGUCAACUUCAGGAAGACGGCGUCGCGGCGUUGCUAUCGAGGGAGACAUGGAAGAUAAUGUAAGACUUCUCAAUCACAGAGUCCGUCGCGAAUCCAAUUCAACUAAUACGUCAUCAGCCAAUAGCAUUACGGCAACGAGUACUGCAGCAACUACUUCAACGAGUACUGCAGCAACUACGCCAGAGACGACGUCAAAGCAACAACAAACUAUUUGCGUUCUGAAGUGUUAUAGUGAGUACAGUGUCUACAAAGGGAUUUGUCGAAAGGGAUGUCCAUCUGGAUUUGAGCCAGACAGCAACAACGUCUGCAAAGAGAAGACGACGUCGUCCACUCUGUACUACAUCAUCGGCGGCGCUGUCGGCGGCGGGGUUUUGCUGAUUGUGGUGGGGGUAGUUGUUGCUGUGUGCCUGUGUCGAAGGAAACGAAACAGAAAAAAACAAAUACGGAGACCAAUGAGCGAACUACUACAGCAACGUGAGAUGUCGAAUACGGAUGUUAUUGACUUGGAAUCAUCUCCGGAUAUACAUAAGGGUUCGGACAAGAGUCCCUACGCAAACAUUGCCUACACUGAAGGCUUGCAACAAGGCAUAGAGCAGCAACACGACAAAGUGUUCAGAUACAUAAAGGACCCAACUUGUAAUUUCGAGGAGGCCAAGAAGGGUCCAGAUUACGAGAACAAAGCCGUGGUGGAUUGGAACCAGUUACAUAAGGAGAAAGAGGAACUAGACACAUUACCCCCUGCCCCGCCACCUCCCCCAACUAAAGUGAAUGAAGACCAGUAUCUGCGCAUGGAGUACCAGGAGAGCCAACACGAAAUCCAGGGCGAAUGGAAUCCAGAGGAAAAUUACGAAAACUUUAAUGUUACCGAUGCUGAUGCUGCUGCUGACGAGGAACCGGAACAGGAAUUGUACGAGAACAGGGAUAUUGCGCAAGAAUAUAUGCGCAAGGCUUCUAUUGCUCCCAAGAAGACAGAGGAUGAGGACUCCGAACAAGAGGACUACGAGAAUACACAAGUGUUCAAGAAUCAGGCUGCCAAGGCCGUCACGUCUCCCACUAAGACAGAGGACGAGGGUGAAGAGUUUGAGCAGGAGGAUUACGAGAAUACAAAAGAUUUCAAACAGAAGCCAGUGAAACCUGUGGACAGUAGAUCCCCUGGGAGUGGGCAGGAGGAGGCUGGAGAAGACUCAGCUUAUGCAAACUUCCAGUUCUUUAACCGGUGAACAAAGGACGUGAUAAUGUCGGCUGGCUCGCACCAUGGCACCCGGUAACCGUUAUUUACUACUGUAGUGGAGUUUUGUUGAACCAUCUUCCAGUGAUCAAUUAUGUAAUAAUGUCGACAGAUGCCAAUCAUGAACACCCGAUAUCUGGUGUUUAAAACUGUGAUGGAGUGUUGUUAAACUAUGUUCCUGUGAACGAAGAAGGUGAUAAUAUCGAUAUCUUCAUAACACGACACCCGAUAUUUGGUGUUUAAAACUGUGAUGGAGUGUUAUUAAACUAUGUUCCUGUGAACGAAGAAGGUGAUAAUAUCGAUAUCUUCAUAACACGACCCCCUAUAACUGUUGUUUAAAACUGUGAUGGACUGUUGUUAAACUAUGUGCUAAUUAACAAACUAGGUGAUAAUGUAGACAUUUUUCACAACAUGACAACCGAUAACCAUUGUUUAAAUCUGGUAGAGCUUUGGUAAACUAUGUUCCAGUGAUCAGAGGAUGUGAUCAUGCCGAUUGUCUCACAACAUCAUCUCUAAUAACCGUUGUUUGAAGUACAUGUCAAUGAUCAAAGUAGGUGAUAUUGACGACUGCGUCAUAACAUGGCACCUAAUAACCGUGUUUACUUUACUAGUGGAUUAAUUCCAAGUGGAAGGGCGAACAAUUUAAACGUUUCAACCAGUGAACAAAUGACGUGAUUAGGUCGACUUGAUCUCUGAACAUGACUCCUACUAGCAGGUGUUUUGAAAUGUGGUGGAGUAUUGUUAAACUAUCUUCCGUUUAUUAGUGGAUUAAAUCCAAGUCGAAGUGAGCACACUUUCAACUUUUCAACCAGUAAACAAUGUGGCUGUUUCGACUCCUCUACAAACUGAAUAGUAAUACCUCAUGCUUUGACAUGUUGGAGUUUCAUUACUAGUUUCGUUGUAGUCAGUGGACGAGGCGAAAUUCGAAACAUGUUGAGUUUCAAUUCGUCAACCAGUGAACAGUGAAAUGGUAGUUUUGUCUGCCUCACAACUGUUGGUCAAAUACUAGCAUGAAGUCAACCAGUUAACAAUGGGCUUGUGUUAUUUUGUGACUCCCUUACAACCUGACACGAAAUACCUGUUGUUUAACAGUUUUGUUAGUUCAAUCAACAAAGUUUGAAAUCCAUCAGCAAUUCAUCCAGUGAUUAACAAUUGAUUAUAUAAGAGAGUACUAAUGUAAACUUUUAAUACAUCAAUACGUUUUGCACGAGUCAAACUAUGGAACACUGAGCCAGUCUGAAGAGCGUUAUUUUAUAUUUUUGUACUGAAUCUUGUUACAUUACGAAUAUAGCUGAAAUGAGAUAUGGAGCUUUUCACGUUGACUGAUCCAUACAGUGCAGGGAUGCGCAUUAGUUUUAUGAUGGCUGUAUCAAUCUUCGUUUGUACUGUUUGAAACGGAGAUAAAUAUAUCCUGGAUACUUGCUUGUACAGACAUACAGCAUUGUCACGUUUAUUUCUGGCGGUUUAAUUUUUGUGGACCAGCGCAGUCUACGAAAUUAAGAACACAACGCAAAUAUAAUACACGAAUACAUAUAACACGAAUUUAUGCUACUACCACGAGUUUUAGUAUGUUGUAUUAUAUACCCAGCAAUUUUGAAUUCUAGUAUGGUUCACUGUAAUCGCGGGAAAAGGUUCCUAUGAAUGUUUUACAAAGUAUAUGGUUGACGGUAAAGAAGGAAAAAUGAUAUCGCUUUCAAGAAAUUAUAUAAUGAUUAUUCAUAACCAUUAUUAGUCGAUUUGCAGAAUUAUUGGUGGGCGUGGGAGGGGUCCACAUGAAUCAAAUUACAGUUGGUAUGACACCAUUAUAGUUGGUGCAAAGGAACCUUUUUCGGUGAGUCUAUAAUGAUGCAGUAUCCGGAAAUGAUAAACAUAUGUAGCAAUAUUUAGACAGCAUGUACAUAUACAUAUACAUACAUACAUACAUAUAUAUAUUCCAAAAUGUUGAAUCUAAAACCACAGAUACAUGUAUGCUUUUAUACGCUAAUAUGGUUCACUGUAUUAUAGAAGGACGUUGGAAUAAGCAACCUGUGAUCACUGUGCAGUAUUUCAAUUAAUUAAUUAAUUAAUUUGAUUAUUAAUUAAUUUAAUUGAUGCAAUCAUUAAUAAAUUAAUUAAUUGGUACAUACAACUGGCUGAUAUUAUUGAUUUAUUUCCUGUAUCUAAUAUGUAUCACUUAAUAUAUUAAUUUUUAUCAGCAUAUUUCUUUUGUACAGUGUUUUUAUUCAUAGAUUUAUGUUUCGAUGUCAUUAACUUAUCGAUUAUUGACUUUAAUAACUCGUUUUAGUUUUUUAAAAUACAGUUAAUUGAUUUUAUGUAUUUCAUUAAUUGGUUUAAUUAGUGCUUUUUAUUUAACCUUUAUUAAUAUAAUUUAGUAGCUAGAUUUGUACUUGAAACGAUAAUAUGACAUCCAGUAGAAGAACUUAAGUGUGGGACAUCGCUCACUAGAAUAUUUAUCUCCCACUAAAUCCACCGGCGAACUGUUAAUAGGGACCCAACAAACACACCCCUAAUACUGCUCUUGCCGAUAUGUGUGUAUAUAUAUACAGGUGUAUAUUAGUCUCAAGUUAGGUACACAGCUUCGUUUAUAAAUAUCAUGCUUAUUUUAGGUUGAUAUUAUAUCAUGUUGUAUAAACACUGUUUAUUUAAUAUACAGUUACAUAUUUGAAUAUACAGUUAUUAGAAUAUACAGUUAUUUGAUUUGUAAGCUGUGCGUAACAUUUACGAGCAGUAUUUAUGGAAUUUCACUGAUUUGUUUUUUGUUGUUGUUGUUUUUUUAGAGAGAGAGAGAGAGAGAGAGAGAGAGAGAGAGAGAGAGAGAGAGAGAGAGAGAGAGAGAGAGAGAGAGAGACUGAUUCAUAUAAAUAGUUUUUUAUUAUAAAUUUUAUAUAUCAUAAAUAAAUGUUUUACUAUAAUUAGCCACUGUUCAUAUUUCCUUACGCCGGAUUAAACGUUGUAUGGCAUAUAUUUAUCGCAUCGAUCGAUCGAUAAAUAAACACACACCGAAUUUGCAAUUGCAUUAAAACUGUUUUGGAACUAAAGGAGUGCUGGAUGCUUGUGUUUUUUCGUUGCCGGGGAGGAGGUGGUGGUGGCUGGCUAAAACACAUAUUAACUUACUUGAUAGUUAUUUGUAAGGAUUAUAAUUUCGGCUACAGAAAUGUAUAUGACUAAAUUUAGCUUUUAAUAAUUUACUAAUGUAUAAAUAAAUAAAUAUAUAUAUAUAUUUAUUAUUGAACUCAUUUGUAAAAGUAAAUUUCAUUGGAUCUUUGCUCAGAUUUCUAUUAGUCAAGCGACCGUUUUAUUAUCGCAGAUUUCCUAGAUAAAAACAUGCGUCAUAACAAAGAACGACUAAAACAUAGCUUCUUGUUUCUACUAUUCAUGUAUUGGGUGUCCUAGUGUUACGAUUUAAAGGCUCAAUUUCCGAAUGUACGUAGUUACUUGCGUGUAAGACAUAAACAGGCUUUAUAUACAUUUGGCCCUAAGAGUCUAUUUUUAUAUCACUGAUUGGAAAUCAGUCCUAAUCAAUUGUUACGACAUAGCAAUGAUGUUUGUUUAGUUAUGUGUUUCUUUUCUAUAGUUCUUUUAAAGCAUUUUUUUUAAAACUACUAUUAAUAUACCAGUUCUUCUCAUUAGGUAUUGACAUCGGUCUAUUUGAUAUAUUUACCAAAACACCUGGUCAAUUAUUGUUCGAAAACGAUGGAGAUUGGUCAUUAAAAUAUUGUCAUAACUAAUGCGUGAUAAUGCUGUUUGAUGUCAUGGAUAUACACUUGUUGUAUUUUUAAAAUCAUAGCAAAUCAAAUAAAACAGAAUACAUUACCGUAGUGUUACCUGUGUUUGUCUUGGAGUCUUGUUUCUGUUGUUGUUGCUGCUGCUGCUACUGUUGUUGUUUGUUUCUUCAUUUCUGGUCGCAGCUGUUAAAAUUGUGCCGGAGAUUGUCCGGAGUCUGUUGUCACUGUACCACGUUUCUGACUGACAGAACACUUUUACUGACUAAAAUAACAUAUUAAAUACAUUUUUGUUUUCUUAA